AUGACUUCCGGUCCGGAUGUGCCCCUGGACGAGAGCCAGAUCUAUGCGAUGGUCCAAGAAUCCUACAGUGCUGCUGUCAAAGAUCACAACGGUGAACAUGCGCACAAGGUCGCUACAGCGUUUGGAUACAGCGAGAAACAGCUGGCAAGCAUCCCUAAGGACGCAAAUCUUGGUCUGAGCUGUGGAAACCCCUUGGUGCUUGCCCAGUUAAGAGAGGCAGAGACGGUGGUCGAUCUCGGCAGCGGUGCAGGGUUUGACAUCUUUCUUGCGGCUAAAAAGGUCGGGCCCCAAGGCAAAGCUAUCGGAGUCGACAUGAACAAGGAUAUGCUCGACCGAGCCGAGCGGAACAAGGAAAAGUCCGGGUUCGAAAAUGUCUCGUUCGUCGAAUCCCGCAUCACGGAAGUGAGAUUGCCAGACGCUAUAGCCGACUGCAUCAUCAGCAACUGUGUCGUGAACCUUGUCCCCGAGGGGCAAAAGCAAUUGGUGUUCAACGAGAUGUACCGGUUGCUCAAGCCUGGCGGGCGCGUGGCAAUCAGCGAUAUGCUGGCAAGGAAGGAUCUUUCACCAGAGCUGAAACGCGACAUGGUCCUCUACGUGGGAUGCAUCGCGGGUGCGAGUCAAGUCAAAGACUACGAAGUAUAUCUCCGUAAGGCAGGAUUUGACGAAAUCCUAAUCGUCGACGCCAACAACGACCUGAACGUCUACAAGCGGAAGGUCGCGCAACCUCUGAGCCAAUGCAGUGAUACAGACGCGGCCAGCCCCUGCUGCCAAACGUCCUCUUGCUGGAAUAGUUGGGACGCAGGUUGUACCUCCAAAGCCAAGCGAAGCGACCUCAACCAGCUUGAUUUCAACGAACUCGCGGGUUCCUUCAAGAUCUACGCCGUCAAGGGAUGA